AUGGUGAGAGGACACUUUGACGGAUGGCCCAUCAACAAGGGCGGUGGCAAGAAACUCGACCCAAAUGAUUUCUCCAAGUUUCCCGACCUGCUCCAGAGCUGGACCGUCGACGGAAAGAACGACAAGAACCUCCCACAUGGCGUCAAGGUUGUCAUCCCGCACGACUUUGCGGCCAAGCACAAGCUCGCUGACGCGCCGUUCAUGGCGCUUGUCACGGCCGGCUCCGAUACCUGGGACCCUCGUCACCUGCAGAUUACGCUCUUUGAGCGUGAGAUGAGGAAGGGACGCCGCGUCAAGCGGUGUGUCCUCAAGCGCAAGGUCUUUGAGGCCAACAAGGUCAAUGUCAACGCAGGCAUCCCCGCCCUCCAGAAGUGGGACCUCGUCGCGGAGACAUUCCGUUUCGUGGAGGAGAAGGCGCUGGCCGGGCCCAGCCUAAUGAAGAGGGCCAAGACUGCCGCUUCAUCUUUGAGGCGUGCAUCUCCCAAGCGCCGCAAGGCCUCGAAGACCUCCCCCGCCCUCGCCUGCGACGAGGACGAGUCGGACCUCGACCAGUCCGACUUUGACGAGGCUGACAUUGUCCGCCCGUCCAAGCGCAAGAGGCGCACCCUUCCGAAGCGUGCCAAGCGUCACCGCCGUGCGGACGACUUUGGCUGGGCCCCGGCCUGGAUCCAAAAGUUCGUUGACGGAUACGACCUCGCCUUCCGCAACCGCUCCAUCGCCUGGUCCAACGACCAGGUGUUGGACCACCUCCAAAAGCCUUUCCCCGAGCUGAACUUCCCCAAGACGAACAGCCGGGGCAUGAUUGAGCUCACUCUCAAGUUCCCCCUCGUGUUCCGCGACCGCCACCAGCUCAACAAGGACACGUACUUCAUCAAGGGCACCAAGGGCCACACAACGUGGGACCCCGACCAUGUGGAAAUCUCGUUCUACAAGAAUGGCAAGGCCACCAAGCGCAUUUGCGCCGCCAACCGCAAGACGUUCCGGCUGUCGCAGACGCCUAAAAACACGACGCCUCCUACCCGACCAGCUGCCAGGGAACACGCGGCGAGCGGAGAGAAGACCGGCCCCGCCCCCAACGUCGCUGCCGGUCAUUCCUAG